UAAAUAUCUUCUCUGACGCAGUUAUUUAUCGGCUAUGGAUCGGUCUAGACAAAUUUCCCAGCUAUAAUCAAUAACAAGAAAUUGGCUAUAACGAGGUGAAUACUUGAAGAUGUGCCCUCAUCGUGACCUUUAGACUUUGUGUCUUUUGAUAACGGUUGACUUUCAUACUUGCUUUUCUCUCAAUUUCCGGACAUUGUUUAACUGAAUAUCGCGACAAGUACACACGGGUGCAUCAAGAAAUUUCGUAAAUAUGGUGAACAACAGUUCGAUUUUUUUGCAAACGAUCAUGUUCAUCAUGAACCAGAGCAAUUUUCAAGACACCACUUCUUACAACUAUUAUUAUUUGGAUAUUGGUAAGGCACCAAAUGCUACAAAAUGUUAUGGCAUGUAUGGAUGCUUCGAAUUAGGUGAACCCUGGACUACCAUUCACAGGCCUGUUUCUUAUUUUCCCAACGAUUUAGAACAGAUAGAACCGAAAUUUCUAUUAUACACAAGGCAUAGACCUACUAGGCCGUAUCUGCUUGAUCUAAAUGAAGAUGAUAUAAUAGGUUCAGCACCUAUGAACCCUAAGAAACCCUUAUAUGUCAUAUGUCAUGGAUUCCUAGAGGGAGGAGGCCAAUCAUGGAUCAAAGAAAUGACGAAGGAACUUUUACGCAUGGAAGAUUGUUCCGUUAUUGUGGUAGAUUGGCACGGAGGUUCCAGUCCGCCUUACACACAGGCAGUAGCCAAUAUUCGACUACUUGGGGCCAUAACAGCACAUUUGGUGGCAGAAGUAGCUAGCUACACCAAAGGACUGAAUCAUGUGCAUUGCAUCGGUCACUCCCUUGGUGCACAUUUAUGUGGUUAUGUGGGAUAUACUUUGCAGAAGGAAUUCAAUUUGGUUUUGGAGAGGAUAACAGGCUUAGAUCCUGCAGAGCCUCAUUUCGCAAAAUCCCAACCUCCAGUUAGACUGGACAAAACGGCUGCAAGAUAUGUAGAUAUAGUUCACAGUGAUGCCAGCAGAUUCCUCCUAGGAGGCUUUGGGAUUGUUGAACCAAUUGGGCAUGUUGAUUAUUACCCUAAUGGAGGUAGUGACCAACCAGGGUGUAAUAUGAAGGCUUAUCAACAUUUGUUGUACCAAGAUGAAAGUAUUUUCAAAGGUGUCAGAAAAUACAUAGGAUGCAAUCAUAUUAAAAGUUAUGAAUUCUUCAUAGAAAGCAUAAAUCCUAAGUGUUCAUGGUAUACCAUGUCUUGUUCUUCUUUCGAAGAGUUUCAAGAUGGCAAAUGUUUUGAAUGUGGCGAGCUUAAGAAAAACUGUUUGAAGUUUGGUUAUCAUGGAAGAAGACACUACACCCAACUUGUAGCAAAGGGUGUUAUCAAACAAAAUGAUAACUUGACACAAUACCUCAUGACUGGUUCUGAUAGACCCUACUGUCGAGCUCACUAUAAAAUAAUGGUGACCAUAUCAGAUUCCGAAAAAAGUAAAUUACACAGAGGUGAAGUAGGCCAGCUCAUUUUCACAAUGCAUAGCACUACAGAUGGCAAAGGAUACAAAUCAGAACCAGCUGCUUUAAAGGGAGGUUAUCAUGAGCCUGGACAUACAUAUACUGGGGUUAUUGCAACUAAUGAAGUAGACAAUUUGAAAGCUGUUGAAGUUGAAUGGAAAUAUAAUAGCAGUUUAUUCAACCCUCUCACUUGGAGAAUUCUAGCAUCCCCCAGAAUAUACUUGAAGAAUGUUACAGUGGAAUCCUUGGAAAUAGGGAGAAAGAUUACAGUAUGUCCCAAGUCAGAUGUUCCAUUAAUUAGUGGUUUCCCCCAAUUGUUGAUUCCGUCCUACUGUUGAAAUAACUUUCAUCAUUUGAUUCUUAAUCAAUGCAACUGUAAUUUUCAACGCCUGUGAUAUUAUUUGUAGUUAAUUAUAAGUUAUUUAUUAAUAAAGCUUAAAUAUUC